AUGUCGCGCGAGACGAACUGUCCGCUGUUUUCCGAGCGCCAGCGCUUCACGCCCACGGCCGAUAAGCUCGUGCUCGUGAUGGUCGGUCUGCCGGCCCGUGGCAAGUCAUUUAUUGCCAAGAAGCUCUGGAAGUUCUUUUGCUGGAAGGGCCUCAAGUGCCGCGUGUUCAAUGUCGGGCAGCUCCGCCGGGCGACCAGUGACGGGGAGCGUCAGGACCAUUCGUUCUUUGACAUGACAAACACACGGGCGACACAAGAGCGCGAGCGAUUGGCGAGAGAGUCGCUCGUGCAGGUGCAGCAGUGGCUCGCUGGAGAAGAAGGAGGAGAAGAAGAAGACGAACAAGGAGGAGGAGAAGGCGGGCGGGGUGGGGACGUGGCGGUGUUUGAUGCAACAAACACGACCAAAGCGAGGCGACGUGUGCUGCGCGAGACGUUCCGCGCGUUUGCCGAGCGGCACGAGACGAGUGUCCACGUUGUGUUUGUCGAGAGCAUUUGCACGAGCGAAGCUGUGAUUCGGGCGAACAUCAAGCAGAAAGUCACGAGCAGUCCCGACUACUGCUGCAUGCCGGAAGACGAGGCCGUAGCGGAUUUGAAACAGCGGCUGAAGAACUAUGAAGCAGCGUACGAAGCGCUCGAGGACGAGGAAGAGUGCAGCUAUAUCAAGUUGUUCGACAUGCAGUCGAAAGUGCAUGCCAAAGGUAUUUAUGGUCACGUGGCCAAGUCGAUUUUGCCGUACAUGAUGAGCUUCCACUUGGAACACCGCCCGAUCUGGCUCGUGCGUGCGGGGCAUUGCAUUGAAGUGCGGAAAGACUUUCGUGCGAUCAUCAAAGACCCGUGCGUCGCGCCUCGAUCGGCGCACUUGAGUCCACUGGGCCUCGACUUUGCCUACCGUCUCGGCGUGUUCGUCAAGCAGCGGACCGCAGUGUGGAUUGCAAACGAAGACUUUACGCCAAAAGAUGCCCCGACCGAGUGUCUCGUCAUGACGUCAACGCUGCCACGAGCUGUGCAGACGGCCAACUAUCUGUCGAGCGGCCAGCGAAUGCAAAUGGCCACGUUGAAUCCGCUCGACAAGGGCGAAUGCUACGGCAUGACCAUGACCCAGAUGAAGGAGCUCAUGCCCGAGGCAUAUGCUUCGUACGAGAAGGAUCCGUGGCGCACGCGCUUUCCCGGCGGCGAGUCGUACCGGGAUCUCAUGCUGCGUCUCGAGCCCGUGCUCAUUGACAUUGAGCAGCACACGGGCCCUGUGCUCGUGGUCUCGCACAUUUCGACGUUGCAAGUGCUGUACUCGUACUUUUUGGGCGCACCGAUUGAGAGCUGUCCGGACCUGGAGAUCCCCUUCCACUCGGUGCUCGAGCUCGUGCCGAACCAAGACGGCUGGACGAAAACGGUAUUUAACAUGCGUGCCUGA